AUGGAUGAAACAAUUGAAACAAUUUUCUCUUCGAAUAAUUAUACUAAUGAUUUUAAUCAAGAAUUAAACGCCCACUUACAAUUUCAAUCUUUAUUGGAUUAUUCUCAUCAUAAUCAAGGUUGUUUUACAUCGACAAUACACUCACUUUCCCAACUUGAAUUUGAUCAUCCAGAUCAUCCUACUCUAAAUGAGUAUUGUCACAGCCAAGGAUUAUCGGUCGAUGUCCUUCCGCAAGAAGCGAGUUAUUUAGAUUAUAAUGUUGAUAAUCCCAAUCAAGGAUUAACCGAAUCUUCUGAAUAUGUAGCACGAAAGCUAUCUUGGAGCAGUUCAACACUUGUGUGCGAAAGCCCAAGACAAAUGACCUUUUCGAGUGAAAGUCCAACACUUGUGUGCGAAAGCCCAAUGCAAACGUCCUUUUCGAGUGAUAGUCCAACAUUUGUGUGCGAAAGCCCAAGACAAAUGUCCUUUUCGAGUGAAAGUCCAACAUUUGUGUGCGAAAGCCCAAGACAAAUGUCCUUUUCGAGUGAAAGUCCACUAAAAAAAUCACGAAAAUUAUCUUCGGGAAAAAACACACGAUGCUUUUGGAGUGACGAAGCGGUCGAAUGUUUAUUAUUAUAUUUAGAAGAUAAUAUUGAUAAAAUCGAAAAAUUGGGUGACCCUCAUAGUGGUGUAAAAUUAGAACUCUGGAAUGGUGCCUCUGAGUUGAUGCUCGCCGAAAAACAUAGUUAUUCAUGGGAACAAUGUUGCAUUAAGUGGAAGAACAUUAAGCGACAGUACAUGAACGGUAUUUUAGAUAAAGAGAAAGAUCCAUUUCAAUAUACGUUAGUAGGGAAAAUCCUUGGACAUACAGUAUAA